GUGUAGCAGAAGCUGGUUACUGUGGAGAAAUUACUGCCAGACUAUUGCUUCUUAAAGCUUGGGAUAAUUGCAUUCGAAAGUUAGCAGAGAUGUUGGCAAUGAUUAUUCUCCUGUCACCAGAAUAUAUAGAAAUUGAGAAACUUUCGCAUAUGCCAUUUUUGUCGUUAUAUUUGCAAUUAGGUGCAAGAACAGAGUUUGCUGACGUCCCAAAAGAGUUUAUUCAAACACAUCAAGUCACUUCAUGUAAAUGUAAGAUCAAAGACGUGCUGAAAGAUUAUCAAGCAGGUGAUAUUGAAACGAGAAGUGAAUUUGUCAAGAAGAUUAGAAUCGACGAUAAUAAGAGUAUCUCAGACGCUGAAAAUACAACGUUCAGGAAGUAUUUUCAGAUGCCACUUGCAUUAUUUGGGUUGUCUCCGAACAUCUAUAGCUGUUUGGAGCAACCUACACCUGUUUCCACAACCUCGCCAUCAACCAUCGCUAAUGAUCUUACAAAUAGCUUUAAACAACUGUUGACUGCUUGGGUUGAUCCUACAUUGGGGGAACACCCAGAAGAAAUGACAAUAAUUAAACGUACGGAACCAUUAUGUUGUAGUUUAUAA